AUGCUAUUGGGCCUCUCAAAGGCCCGAAAAAACACAGGUCACCGUCCUCUCCUCUAGCGCCGCCCAUCCAUCCAGCCGUCCAACGCCUACUACCGCCGCCACCCGCCUCCCGCCUCUCCUCUAGCCCCAGCCGUUCAGCGCCGCCCGCCUCCCUCCUCUCCUCCUCUCCUCCCUCCUCCAGUGCCGCCACGACGCUCGCCACUAGCGCCGUUCGCCUCCUCCAACGCCCGAGCACCGCCUCCCUCCUCCCUCCUCCAGCGCCGACUGCCCCUAACACCGCCCUCUAGCUCCUCUAGCAGCCAGCGUCGCUUACAGCCAUCAAGUUCCAGGGCAGGAGUCAAGACAGUGAAUCACCCAGCUGCUCUAUUCGGUUCAAAUCCUGUGUCGGCCACUGCCCAUAUGGUUUCAGGCCGGCUGUGCUCGUUUCGUCCCUUGUGCGGGAGCUUUGUUUGAGAUUUGAGUCGUUGCAGCUAAAUCAUGGAAGAUAGUAAUGCCCUGAUUUUGCCCUGCAAAAGGAAGAACAAGGCGCAAGUGAAAGCCAAGGAUGGUAAGAAAGCCAAGAAGGAAGACCCAAAGAUGAGCAAGACGAAGCUCAAAAAGCUGCAAAAAUUGGAGGAGGAAAAGAAAAAGAAGCUGCUACAAGCUAAAAGCAUCGAGGUUUUGCAGAAGCACAAGAUCUCAGAGGAUGCAUAUUCACUGCUUCAUGCUUCAGGGACUAUUGGUCAAGUAUGGCAGAUCAACCCUACCACACUAAGAAUUUAGUUAUUUUCUGAAUAUAUACUAGUGCAUCAUGCUUCAGGGACUAUUGGUCAAGCUGAGACUUUGAAAGAAAAACGGAGGCGUGCUGUGCAAUUCUCAAAGGCUGGCCUGGAUGUUCCUGAAGAACUCUCACUGUUCAAGAAAAGCGGUGGUACGAAAGUUCCUGAAAACAGUGAUGUUGGGGAGCAAGUUUCCCCAUUAAAGUUUGUUGAGCCAGCACCAAUUGUGGAUUCUGGUAGAGAAUGUAAUAACAAAAUGAAGGAUCUAGUGAAAGCUAUUGAAUGCCAACCGAUUAUGGGUUUUGGAGCUGGCAUUCCAGAGCCAGAAACUGAAGAGCCUAGUGAUGAUGCUCAUAUGUUGACAAAUCAGAAAAUUCAGUUGUCAAUUCCAAGUUGUUCUGGAGCAGAAUUAGAUUUGCAGGGUAAAGAACUAGGACAAGGGCAGCAUUCUGUACAGGAGUGCAUAAAUCCUCCAAUUGUUGUACCUGUGUCAAGACUGCAUGAAGUUGAGAAGGCAAGGAGGGAUCUCCCAAUAAUAAUGAUGGAGCAAGAAAUAAUGGAAGCUAUCUAUGAAAAUUCUGUAGUAAUUCUGUGCGGAGAGACUGGCUGCGGUAAAACUACCCAGGUUCCCCAGUUCCUAUACGAAGCUGGCUUCGGCACUAGUGACCGAGCUGAUAGAAAAGGGAUGAUUGGUAUCACACAACCACGGCGCGUAGCUGUUCAUGCCACAGCUAAGAGGGUUUCCUAUGAGUUAGGACUUAAGCUGGGAAGAGAAGUUGGUUUUCAAGUUAGGCAUGAUAGAAAGGUAGGAAGUGAAUGCUCCAUCAAGUUCAUGACAGAUGGUAUUUUGCUGCGAGAAAUCCAGGGUGAUUUUCUGUUGAAGCGCUAUUCAGUGAUCAUAUUGGAUGAGGCACACGAAAGGAGCUUGAACACAGAUAUACUUAUUGGGAUGCUUUCUAGAAUUAUAAAGAUUCGCAAGGAUUUGUAUGCAAAGCAGCAGGAAAAAUUACGGUCUGGAUUUAAGAUCAAACCAGAGGAUAAGAUCAGUCAGUUAAAGGUGGUGCUCAUGAGUGCUACUCUGCAGUUAAAGGACUUUAUUUCAAAUAGAAGGUUGUUUGGCGUGAUCCCACCAGCUGUUAAGGUACCUGUGCGGCAGUUUCCAGUAUCAGUUCACUUCUCAAAGAGGACACAUGAUGAUUAUUUAGGGCUAGCUUAUAAAAAGGUUAUGUCAAUCCACAAGAGGCUUCCACCAGGUGGAAUCCUCGUAUUUGUCACUGGACAACGGGAAGUGGAGUACUUGUGUAAGAAACUGCGAAGAGCAUCCAAGGUGCAAACUGCUAAGAAUCCUGGGAAAACUGAUGGUGAAGACAAUGGUCCAUGCCCAAAAGUAGAUGAAAAGGAAAUUUUUGAAGCAUAUGAUAUUGACAGAGAUGAACCCGAGCACCGAUAUGACAUGUUUUCCUCGUAUGAUGACGAUGGUAUGUAUGAUGACGAUGGUAUGAAUGUUGAGACAAAUAUUGAUUCUUCUGACAACGAAACGGAGAGCGAAAUGGAUACUGAAACCGAUGACGAAGAGUCUGUUACUAUUGAAACUACAGAAGAGGAUGUUCCAGUAUUAGCAUUUUUGAAAGAUGCUGAGAGCUCAUCUGCGUUGAAGGCAUCAUUUGGAGCUUUGUCGGGAAUACCAAAUGUGCUGGAAAGUGUCGAGGAAUUAAGUGAUGCUAAAUGUGAAGAAAAGACCAGCACUUCACUUCGUUGUUUUAGUAAAUGCACAGAACAUAAGCCUGUUUCACAUGGUAGACUUCGUGUCUUGCCACUUUAUGCAAAGUUAUCAGCUUCACAACAGCUUCAAGUGUUUGAAGAUGUCCCAGAGGGGGAAAGAUUAGUUGUGGUGGCAACUAAUGUUGCCGAAACCUCUCUAACAAUUCCAGGCAUAAAAUAUGUAGUUGAUACUGGAAAAGAAAAGGUUAAGAAUUAUGAUCAUGCUACUGGGAUGUCAAGUUAUGAUGUCCAAUGGAUAAGCAAGGCAUCAGCAUCCCAGCGUGCUGGAAGAGCAGGAAGAACAGGGCCUGGCCACUGUUACCGUCUCUACUCAGCUGCAGCAUAUGGUAAAGAUGAUUUAUUCCCUGAAUUCGCUGAACCUCAGAUUAAGAAAAUUCCAGUUGAAGGUGUUGUCCUGAUGCUCAAGUUCAUGUCUAUUGAUAAGGUUGAGAACUUUCCUUUCCCAACACCACCAAACAAGGAAAGUUUGGUUGAAGCUGAGCGUUGCUUAAAGACAUUGGAAGCACUUCAUAGUGAUGGAAAACUUACACCUAUGGGCAAGGCAAUGGCACAGUACCCCAUGAGCCCAAGACAUUCUCGUCUUCUUCUUACAGUGAUUAAGAAUUUGAAGAAUAAGCAGCAAGGCUUUGCUAGAUCUAACUUCAUAUUAGGAUAUGCUGCUGCUGCUGCAUCAGGUUUGAAUUUUACUAAUCCUUUUCUCAAGCAAUUGGAUGAAUGUGACACUUAUGGUGAAUCAGUAGAAAACACUAAUCUGGAAGCUAAUGGUCCAUGGGAAAGGAAGAGACAGAAGAAGCUCAAGGCUGUGGUUAGAGAGGCACGGGAAAAGUUUUCUAACCCUAGCAGUGAUGCUUUAACCAUCGCUCGUGCCCUGCAGUUCUUUGAGUUGUCAGAAAACCCAGUGGAAUUCUGCAGAGCCAAUUCACUUCAUCUUAAAACCAUGGAAGAGAUGUCAAAGUUGAGAAAGCAGCUUCUGCAGUUAAUAUUUCGCCAUAGCAAAUGGUGCGAGGAGUUUGCUUGGAAUUCGGGUGACUCUGCUGAGGUUGAACGGGCCUGGAGGAACGAGCCCAGUAUAUUGCAGUUGAAUGAAGAGGAACUUCUUGGGCAAGGAAUUUGCGCUGGAUGGGCUGAUAGAGUUGCAAGGAGGAUUCACACCUAUUUGAAACCAUCAGAAGACGAUCGAAAGGUUCGAGCCGUUCGUUAUCAGUCUUGUGCACUUGAUGAUACAAUAUAUCUGCACCGAUCAUCAUCUGUCGCCCAAGUUGCCCCAGAGCUUGUAGUUUACUCGGAGCUACUUAGUACAAAGAGGCUAUACAUGCACGGUGUAACGACCGUAAAGCCAGGGUGGCUUUUGAAGUAUGCUAGUUCCCUCUGCACCUUCUCUGCACCGUUGGAAGAUCCGAAGCCGUACUAUGACCCACUGAACGACCAAGUCUACUGCUACGUUAGCCCGGUCUUCUCUCGUCAUAACUGGCAGCUUCCGUUGCACAGUUUACCUAUCAAAGACGGUGCGAGCCGGCUGCAGGUGUUUGCAUGCGCGUUGCUUAAAGGGGACGUCCUGCCAUGUCUACGGGACGCCAAGGAUUUCCUCGCGCUGUCACCAUCCGCUGUGUUGGGGCCUGCCAGGCAACGGAGAGUGGGAGAUCUUCUUAGCAGGAUGAAGAUCGGUCCGAAGUUAGUCGACAGCAGGGCAGCACUGAGAGGCGUGUGGAAUUUUGAUCCUGGUUUUCUCUAUCCUGAGCUCAAGUUGUGGUACCAGGAUAGAUUCCAUGACCAGUUUGACUUGGUGUGGGAGCAGAUGCACCAACAGGUUCUCCUUGAGGGGCGCAAGCUUUUCCCAAAGAGGUCCAAGAAAGUUAAAGGCUAGGCCAAAAUUUUUGGUGCAGUUGGUUGGCUGGCAGAAGCUUUUUUGUGUGUGUGGUUUUAAGGAAUAGAUACGAGAGAUGCAGUGAGACAUCAUGCACAAGCAGUUUUGUCUAGACAUUUUGCCUUGAUCUGGAUUUGUUCCAUUGCAUCUCCGUGUUGAACUGUUGAUGUACACCGUUCCUCUGCAAGCAACCUUCACCCUGCCAUCUGUGUCAGAAAUGUUUUCUGAUCCAACCAUUUGCUCAAAACCUUGAACCUGAAAAAUAUCCUGAUAUCCAACCAUCGCCAUGGCCCAUGGGGAUUGGAGGGAAUUGGCUUCGAGUGAGGGCCAGGGGUAGGAUUCGCCAGAAACAAACAGGGGAUGGUCGUGCGCAGAUUGAUUACAUUUCUCUCCUUUCCGUCUCUCGCUCUAUUUGCUUUUAGCAUAUGAAGUGUCCGAUUCCAGGGGUAAAAACAGCGGUAGAGUCGAUAUAAAAAUGUAGCACUAAACUAUAUUACCCUCAGUUCAAGAAAACAAAUUACCCCUCUGGCAUGCUUGCAUGAACUUUGGUCUGCAUGUAAAA